CAAGCCACUGCCCAGGCAGGAUCCCCGAUGGCGCCACCCCCGGCUCCACUGCUGGUUCCGAUGCCUGGGGAGAUCUGGCCUGGUUUCAGGAAGCCUGAGCUUGUGAGCUUCGCGGACGUGGCCGUGUACUUCUCCCCGCAGGAGUGGGGGUGUCUGCGGCCCGCACAGAGAGCUCUGUACCGGGAGGUGAUGCGCGAGACCUACGGCCUCCUGGGCGCGCUCGGGUUCCCGGGCCCCAAACCAGCCCUCAUCUCUUGGAUGGAACAGGAGACUGAGGCUUGGAGCCCCGCCGCCCAGGAUCCUGAGGAGGGGGAAAGCCUGGGAGGAGCUCCGAGAGGAGACACUCCAACUGAGAAGGAUUGGGCCUGCAAGGAAGAAGGUGAGAGGCUAGCAGAGAUUCCUGCUCAAUUGCAACCUAAAGAGGUGGUUGAACAUAAGACUUAUCCCAUGGCUACCAAGGCCUCUGCAGGGGCACAGCCACCUACCAAAGCUGCCCCAGACCAGAUAGCAGGUGUGCAGCUUCCUGUCGAGGUACCCAACACAGAUAUACAGGCCAGCCAGCGACGCCAUGUGUGUGUGGACUGUGGACGCCGGUUUACCUACCCGUCUUUGCUGGUCAGCCACCGGCGCAUGCACUCUGGUGAGCGACCUUUCCCCUGCCCAGAGUGUGGUGUUCGCUUCAAGAGGAAGUUCGCAGUGAAGGCACACCAAUGGAUCCACCGUUCCUGCUCAGGGGGUCGCCGCGGUCGAAGGCCUGGCAUCCGGGCUGUGCCUGGAGCCCCAGUCCGUGGUGACCGGGAUCCACCAGUGCUCUUUCGGCACUAUCCGGACAUCUUUGAGGAGUGUGGGUGAGUUGAACAGCUGCCUCUGUCUGAAGGUCGGGAGCAGAGCCUGGACUUGGCACCAAGAGUGAACGGAGUCAAGACUUGGGAAUUGAAAUACAUCCGUUUGACUUCUCAAGGAUCUCUUGUAAACUUGUAAAAAGAAAAGUGCCUGUAAAGAUUCAUACAGAUUAAACCUGACACCUGCUUGACUCCCCA